AGCUAAAAUAAAAUGGGAAAGACAAGAGGAGUACACGAAACAACGCCGGAAUUAAGAAAUCGAAUGGUGGGCAUGUACGAAGCCGGUUUAGGUUUAAGAGAAAUUGCGGCAGCCGUAAAUUGUUCGCAACGUACAGUGAAAAGAUGGUUAAAUAGAUUUGAUAAAGAAGGUACAGUUGAAACUCGUGAACGAUGUGGACGUAAAAGAGCUACAACUGCAGAGCAGGACGAAGCAAUUGUACGAUUAGCUACGCAAACACCAAUAACAGCCGCAAAAGCUGUUCUUCCAGCUUUAGGACUAACUUGCUCCGUAGAUACUAUUCGUGAGAGGCUUCAUAAAGCUGGAAUCCAUAACUGGAGUCCUUCGCGGAAGUAUAUGCAAAGAAUUCCGCUUGGCGAUACAGAUGGUACUGCUAUUCAGCAACCUGUAUGGAGGCCCACUGGAACACAGUUAGGAAAAAAAAAAUCUUCCAAGGACUCUAAUAAAAAUGACAAAAAUACUUGUAAUGUCAAAAAGAAAAAUCCUCCAAGGAAAAUUAGAGCCAAAGAUAUAUAUGUUGGAGAUGGGGCACCAUUAGAAAACGUGAAGCCGCCUAAUGAACAAGAAUUUAUGUAUCCUCAGCAAAAUGCUCAACAGUCUCGAGCUAACGAAAUUCAAGCAACAUCCCAACAGUCUUUAUCUCAGAAUCAAACGCAAUUUGGUAAUGCUCUGAGUUUAGCUCAGCAAACGCAGCCUAUUUAUCAACAUCCUGAUUUAAAUAUUUCUCAAAAUUGGCCGUUAGAUUUAGUGCAAGGAAGUCAUCACUAUCCACAGGGUCAAACAAAUCCAAUAUCUCAUGAAUCCUCUUCGCAACACGAUUUGCAUGCUCAGCAAGACCAACAACAACAUCAUGUACAACAAGUUCAGCAAGUACAACAAAUAAUUACAAAUCAAACCCACGAUCUUGAUCAACGACAAAGGCAUGUUCAAGUAGACGUCCAACAGCAACAUCAUCACGAACAUUUACAUUCUCAACUAACUAGUCCACAAAUCAGUACGAAUUUAGCUUCCGAUAAUUCUAAUUCCUGUAGUUCUCAAGAUAAUAAUCAGUCUUCUAGCAGUGAAUCUAAACAAAACAAAGAUACGUCGAAAGAAAGUAGCGAGGUAAAUGAACGACAGAAAAGGAAAAAGAAAGGUGGAAAAGCAAAAGGAACUUUGGAAACCAGCGUUGAAAUACGAAAUCGUAUGAUCGGAAUGUCCGAGGCGGGUUUAUCUACGUUGUCUAUCGCGCUCGCAAUCGACAGAUCGGAACGUACCGUUAAAAGAUGGUUAGAACGUUGGCAUAAAGAAGGCAAUGUCCAAACCAAGGAAAGAAAGGGCCGUCGACGAAUUACAACUAAAGAACAAGACGAGGCAAUUGUCGCUAUGGCUACUCAACAACCAUUAACUGCAGCUAAACACGUUGCGCCGGCUCUCGGAUUGAAAUGUAGCGUAGACACGAUCAGAGAAAGACUUCACAAAGCUGGUAUACAUAGUUGGAAGCUUGGGAAGAAACAGGGAGAAGGAAACGCUGUACACACGGUACAUCUUUGGCAACCUAGUGGGAAUCGACCAAAUAAACCGAAGAUACCUGGUGAAAAGAAGAAGAGGUCAGGUAGUGGUAAAAGGCGCGACCAAUCGUCUAGUAGCAUUCAAAGACGAUCAUCUACUAGAAAAAAGAAACUCGAACCCAACCCGAUGAAAACGGUUCCACCGCCAGCUGAUAUACUACCAGAACAAUCAGCUGCUUUACCGUUUCACAAUCCUGCAACAAUGGCAAACUAUGUUUCAGGUUCUAACAUAAUGCAAUCUGUACAUAACAUUCCUGGACCUCCUCCACCACUUGUUCAACCUCAACCACAUCCACCAACAGGUCCUCCUCCACCAGCACCCCAAUCGAUGCAACCAAUGGGCUCUAUGAUGCAACAAAGGCCUGAUUGCCGAUUAGCACCACCUAUUGUACCACCUGUAUCGGGCCAAGGAAACACCGGUGUUGCUUAUCCGUCGUGUAUGGUUGGAAGCAAUAGUCAUACAGGACACAUGGAACAAUCUGAUCCUUUAAAUUAUGAACCGUAUAUUUGGAGCUUUUAAGCACAGAAUGCCUGGAUCUCACUA